CCGACCGCACGUAGCCAACUUGCGGUAUGGUAUGUAACCAAGACCUGGGUUUGCGGACCACUGAGCAGCCCUGCAAGUCCAAACGUCACAAUCAGCCAUGUGCUUGUCGCGUGGCCGUCAACGGAUUUCCAAGCUGAUCAGCAAACCUCCGCUGAGUCUCUCGCCUGUUCCCCACCAAUCCACACCCCUCCACAAUUCUUGCUGACAUGA